AUGACUGCCAUCCGGCUACGAGAAUUUGUUGACCGCCGCCCAUCAGUGCCACCCAGUCUAUUCAUUGCUCACCAAGGAAAGGACAUCCAAGGCUAUUACCCUGGGCAGCUGGCAAGAGUCCAUUAUGAUUCUAGUGUGAAGAGAUCUCCCAGACCCCUCAUAGACUUGACCAUUUCACCCAAGAGAAAAAGUCAGUACCAGCCUCAAUUAGACCAACAAACCCUCAUUCGAUAUAUUUGCUUUCGAAGACAUCCAAAGGCUGCUGAACCAUGGUAUGAAGAAACCACUUACCAAAGAGACUAUUCGCUGCCAUUUUACAAGAUUGAUUGGGACCGGAAAUUAGCCACGAUUUCAUCAAAUCCUAGACCACUUAAUUCAUUGCCAGAGUUCUACUGUUGUGAAGAGAGGUGGCUUUGAAAGAAAAGCUUUUAAACUAAAAUAAACAAAGUAUCUGAACAAAACAUUUGGCAUUCUUGGGUAACUCUUUCAGAUUAAAAUAGUGGUGACAGAACUCCUUUCAAGUCACUGGCCUUUUAAGUGUACAUUCCUGACUACAUUCCUCAAAUAUUACAUGUUGCAAAUUCCUUUCAGAUUAAGUUAGUCAGUCUCGGACAGGGAAUCAAGAUCCAGCCAUGGGAGGACUUGUCAUCUUUUCUUAAUCCUACUGCCAUUCUUGUUGCUGGUACUGGCAAACCAACUCAUUAACACUUAGUCCGAUGUUUAUACAUGGGACCAGGUAAGAAUAUAAUUGCAUCUGCUCAAUAACCGCAUCACUGUUGGGAAAAAAAAAAGAGAGAAGAACCUGGGGAUAGAGCUGAGAAGGAAGACUACUGGUAUAAUGGACCCUGAAGGUGCUCUGGGUGCAGAAACCAAGACUGGGCAUAGGGCUGUAGUGAGAUGUGAGACUGGUAAAAAGGAGGAUUAAUUGAAAGUCUGCAUUCAGAAGAGUUAACACUCCUAUUUUGGCAAGAAGUCCUGACAACUAGAUACCAACUGCCCAGGUAAAAUGCUAGGUAUUCUCUACAUAAGUGAAAUGAUAAAUUCUGGCCUUUAGGGAUUCCCACCAUACUAGCUGAUUUCUACUCACACCCCAAAGUGAAGUGUACCAGUUAACAAACUUCCCCUAAAACCACAGAAUUUCAUAUAGCUUUGAGCCAAUCAAAGAUCCCCAGAAAGUAGAAAAAUAAUGCAACAUGAAAGACAAAAUAAACGGCAGAUAUGAUCCCAGAGGAAACAGAAUUCAGGGAACACAAAGAAUCCAAAACAGGUUACAAAAACAGCACUGUCACUUGGCAAAGGAUGUAUCAAAAUAAUUAUAUCCAAAAUUGUGAAAAAUCAAUGUUGGAAACUAAAAAUGAGUGCUCAAAUUAAAAUCUGACAGGAUUGGAAGAAAAUUCUGAUAAAGUUUAUAUAGAAUCAUUAGAUAAAUGAUUUUAUUUUAAGGAAGAGACAUAGAUUAAUCAAGAGGCCCAUCAUCUGACUAAUAAGUAUUCUCAAGACAGAACAGAGAAAAUUAAUAUAAAUUAUCAAGGAAACAUUUUCACAGAGCUUAAGACCAGAAGCCUCCCAAAUGAAAGGCUUAUGCUGUUUUUGCCUAGCACAUGAAAAUAAAAAUGGAAAAACAGAAAAAAGAAUGAAAUUUUUGUUUCACUGACUUUUGUUUUUCUCUUCUCAAUUUUAUCUCCACUCUAAUUUUAUCACUUCCUUCCUUCUACUAUCUUUGGUUUUAGUGUGCUUUCUUUUUCUAGUUCCUUAAGGUAUAGAGUUAGAUUGUUGAUUUAGGAUCUUUCUCUUUUUACUGCUAUAAAUUUCCUGUGGAGCACUGCCUUUGCUGCAUCUGGUAAGUUUGGUAUGUUGUGCUCUGUUUUCAUUCAUUUCUAAAUAUUUCCUCAUUUCCCUUGUGAGUUGUUCUUUGGUUCAUUGUUAAAAGUGUGUUUUCAAAUUUCCAUAUAUUUGUGAGUUUUCCAGUUUUCCUUCUGUUAUUGAUUUCUAGCAUCAUGCAGUGAUCAAAAAAGGUAGUUUGUAGGAUUUCAGUAUUUUUAAAUCUAAGACUUGUUUCAUGACCUAACAUAGUCUCUCCUGGAGAAUGUUCUGUGAGCACUUGAGAUAAAUGUGUAUUCUGUUAUAUUUGGGUAGAGUGCUCUAUUAAUGUCUGUUAGGUCUAGUUGGUUUAUAGUAUUGUGCAAGUCCUCUAUUUCAUCACUGAUCUUCUAAAUGUUCUAUGAAUUAUUGAAAGUGAGUAUUUAAGUCCCCAACUAUUAUUACAGAAUUAUUUCCCCCUUCAAACCUGUCAAUAUUUGCUUCAUGUAUUUGGAGGCUCUGCUGUUUGUUGAGUAUAUAUUUAUAAUUGUUACAUCUUCUUGAUGCAUUGACCUUUUUAUCGAUAGAAUGUCCUUUGUCUCAUUUAUUUAGUCUACUUUUUGUGAUAUUAGAUUAUCUUUUCCAUUCUUUCACUUUCUACCUACUGUGUCUUUGAAUCGAGUCACUUGUAGACAAAAUACAGUUGGAUCACAUUUUUAAAAAAAUCCAUUCUGCCAAUCUUUAACUUUUGAUUGAAGAGUUUAAUCUAUUUACAUUUAAAGUGAUUACUGAUAAGGAAGGACUUGCCAUUUUGUUUUCUGCCCAGUAAUUCUUUUAUCCUUUACUGCCUUGUUUUGUAUUUAGUUGAUUUUUUCUAAUGUUGUUUUGAUUCCCCUAUCAUUUCCUUGUGUUUUAAUUUUAGAUAUUUUCUUAGCAGUUACCAUGGAGAUUAGUUAACACCCCAAAUUUAUAACAAUCUAAUCACCACCAAUUUAGCAUCAAUGGCAUAUAAAAACUGCUUCAUCCCUUGUUACUGUAGUCACAAAUUACAUUUUUAUACUAUGUGCUCAAUCACAUACAUUUACAAUUUUUUAAUGCAUGUCUUUUUAUCAUGUAUGAAAUAAACAGUGGAGUGACAAACCAAAAAUAUAUUAAUGCUGGCUGUUAGUAGUUACCUUUACUGGAGAUCUCUAUUUUUUCAUUCAGCUUCAGGUUACUAAACUUCAUUUUAAUCUGAAGGACUCCCUUUAGCAUUUCUUGUCCUAUGAGCAAUGAAUUCUCUCUGCUUUAUUCUAUGAAUGUCUUAAUUUUUCCAUUUUUGAAGGACAUUUUUACAGCACAUAAAAUUACUGGUUGAUUGAUUGUUUUAUAGUGAUGAAUCACUUCUCAUGCUGCUUUCAUGACUUCCUACAUGUCUUUCAACAGUUUUUUUUUAUGUAUCUCAAUGUGGAUCUCUUUUGCAUUUAUCCUACUUGGAGUAUGUUAGGAAUUUUGGAUUUGUAGAUUUAUGUUUUUCAUCAAAAUUUGGAAGUUUUCUACCAUUAAUUAUUUCUUCUUCCUUCUUCUCCUUCUGGGACUCCCAUAAUGCAUUGAUGGUCCACUUGCUGAUGUCCCAGAUAUCCCUGAGGCUCUGUUCACUUUUAUUCUUUUUUCUUUCUGAUCCUCAGAUUGGAUAAUGUGAAUUGUCCUAUAUUCAAGUUCACUGAUUCUUUCUUCUGUCUGCUCAAACCUUUUGUUGAACUCUUUUUUCACUUUAAUUAUUGUAUUUUGUUUCCUUUUUAAAAUUCUCAACUUAUUGGAAUUAUGCUCAUUUUGUUCACAAAUCAUGCAUGUAGCUUUCUACAGCCUCAGUAUACAUACUUUCAAAUAACCUCAUUUCUCGAAGAAACUCUCCCCUGGACAUUCUCCCUGGCUUUAGACUGUCUACUGUAUUCCUCAAUUGCAAUCAUUUGUCCCAGGCAGAUGUGGGACUUUACCUGCCUUACCAGAUUUUUGAGCAAUGCCCAUUACUUUCCACCCUACUUGAGUUACAAUUUAGAAAAAACAGAGAUAAAUGCCUGGAGUUAAGUCCUACAGGCAGCCCCAGACAGGUUUAAACAGAAACACAUUAUUUAGAUUAAGAUCUGCUAUGCUCCCUCUCUCCAGAACCAAGGACCAGGCUGUCACAGGUUGCUGUCUGUAAGACUCCCACUGAACUGGGGAGGGAAUGGGCAGGGGCAAGUAAAAACACUACAAGACUUUCCUACUGUUUUUAAUUUGCCUUUUUCUUGAGUCAGCAUUUGUUUGGCUACUAUAAACCUGUCUAGAGUUCUGAAAAGUUGGUUCUGAUAGCUCCUGCUUGGUUUUUUGUUUCUGUGCAGGGAUGGGUAUUUGGAGCUGUGUAUUUUGCCAUUUUGUUGACAUGACUCCUAACUCUAAAAAUUAUAUGGAAUGCAAAACACCAGAAUAGACACAAUAUCUUGCUAAGAACAAAGUCAGAGGAAUUACAUUUACCAAUUUUGAAGCAUAUUAUAAAGCUAUAAACAGUGUGGUAAUGAUAGAAGGUCAGAGUUGCCAAAGCAGUUCAACAGAGGAAGGAGAUAGUCUUUUCAAAAACUGGUGCUGGGACAGUUGAAUAUUCAAAUGCAACAAGAUAUAUAUAUAUGGACCCUUACCUCAUACCAUGCACAAAAAUUAACUCAAAUCACAGACCUAAAUGUGAGAGUUAAAACUAUAAAAAUUUUUAGA